AUGUAUUCGCAGAGCCGUCUGGAUACCAUUCGCGAGUACAAUUUCGACGGAUUCCACGUGGUAUUUCUGCCAUUCGCUGAAGACGUUCGUGACGUGUCUGAUAAGAUGAAGUGUCCUCAAGGAGAGUGGCCAAAACGUAUUGUGUUACUGGGUUUUAAACCGAUAUCGGAGAUCAACUUUGAAAACCACAUCCAACCGUCACGAUUUCUCUAUCCGGAUGAGAGUUCAGUGAUCGGAUCGGCAUGCUUGUAUCGCGCAUUGUUGGAGCGAUGUUGGGCUAGGAAGAUGGCGAUGAUCUGCCGGUUUUGCUCGCGAGCCAACCAGAAGGUGCGACUGGUGGCACUGAUACCGCAGAUGUCGGCAAAGAGCGAGUGCUGUGUUUAUAGACAUAGAGCUGUAAACUAG